CUUCUACAGUAUAGAAACAACUGACUGGCUUAGCAGAGAAUCAUCUCACAAUAAUGCCUCCUAAUGUGAAUGGCGUGCAGGUCAUUCAAACGGGUAAUGAGCAGCAUGAUUACGAAAGAGUUGGCGAUUUGCACAAAGAGGAAGAAUCGAGUCCAUCAAAGAAAAAUUACCAGCUAAAGAAAUGGAACAUUUUCUUCGUUGCCAUGUUUCAUGCGUUAGCAAUUUAUGGAGUAUUCACAAAACUGACGGUUGUGAAAUGGGAAACGUUUGUUUGGAACUACUUGUUUAUCUUUGUCGGUGGAUUCGGAAUCUCCGCUGGCAUCCAUAGGUAUUGGUCGCAUAAAUCGUUCAAAGCGAAAAUGCCGCUGAAAAUCUUAUUGGUAUUUGCGUACCUUACGGUUGGACAGAUUAAAAUCGUCAAGUGGGUGCGCGACCAUCGCGUGCACCACAAGUUCAGCGAGACGGACGCUGAUCCGCACGAUGUCCGCCGCGGUUUCUUUUUCACGCACGUCGGCUGGUUCUUGUGCGAGAAAAACCCGCAAGUAGUGGAAAAGGGCCGACAGCUCGACCUUUCUGACAUUGAGAAGGACCCUGUGGCCAAAUUCCACGACACGCAUUUUGAAAUACUACGGCUCAUUUUCUGCUACACUUUGCCAACCUUAGUCCCUGUUUAUUUCUGGGGCGAGGAUCUGUGGGUCGCCUUUUUGGCCAAUUGCGUCAGGUACGUGUGGUUACUGAACAUGACCUGGUCCAUUAACAGUUUCAACCACAGUUUCGGCCUUCGACCAUACGAUAGGAAACUGAUGCCGACGGAGAAUUACUACGUUUCGUUUUUCGCCCUAGGAGAGGGCUGGCACAACUUCCACCACGUUUUCCCUUACGACUACCGCUCCUCAGAGUUGGCCCAUUUCCUCAACCCAACGAAAAAGCUUAUCGAGUUUUUCGCCAAAAUCGGAUGGGCGUACGACUUGCGCGUGGCUUCCGACGAGGGAGUAAAAAGGAGGAUUUUACGUACUGGAGAUGGAACACACAGGACUUGGGGCACUGUAAACGGAGAACCAAUUUAUGCAGCGGAAAAUGAAACUGGAUAUUAAUAUGAUGCUGUAUCAAUAGACAUAGUUAUGAAAUAUCUGCCGAAAAAAUAAAUGCUGUAGUUAUACUGACUUUCUAAAUAA